GUGCAGCACCAACGAUCAAAAGCUGUGGUUCGUAUAAAUUCGAUCCAACAAUGACCUCAUCUGACAUUUGCAAGCAAAUUAAUGCAUUAAAUGAAAACGAAACAUGUAAACCUGAAUUGGAAUAUGAUUUUAAAUCAAUGAAUGUUGAGUUCGAAUAUAUUUGCCAUAAUUCGGAAUAUGUAAAGCAUAGCAUAUCAGUUCAAAUGAUUGGUGCUGUUGUUGGAUCACUUAUUUUUGGACAGAUCAGCGAUUUGUAUGGGAGAAAAUUGACAUUAUCAUUUUGCGUUUCGGGAUGUGUUAUAUUUGGAUUUAUAUCAUCGUUCGCUAAAACAUUAUUUACAGUUACUAUUCAUCGUACCAUUAUAGGACUUUUUAAUGGUGGACAAAUAGCUACAAUGUUUGUAUAUGUGGUAGAAAUGAUACCAAAAAAGGAUCGCAUUUGGAUUACAACACUUAUUUCAUUUUCACCAAAUGUAAUAUUAUUAGCUAUAAUGGCAUAUUUUACACAAAAUUGGCGUCAAUUAUCAAUUGUUAUCAGUGCUUUAACAUCACCAGCUAUUCUCCUUUGCAUUCUAUCAUAUGAGUCACCACGUUGGUUGAUUCAAAAGGGACGUAUCGAAGAAGCGCAAGACGUCUUAAAGCAAAUUACUCGUUGGAAUGGUCGGAAUGAUAUUACCAAUGAUAUGAUCGAUGAAGUUAUCAAUGCAGAAAAACAGAUUUUAAGUGAGACAAGUCGAAAAAAUUACUACAUUUAUCAUUUAUUUCAUACCUGUCAGCAAACCACGUAUAUAUUAGUUCUGUCCUAUAGUUUUUUAUCAGCAAGUUUGAUAAAUUAUGGUAUGCUGUUCAGUAUGGAAAAAUUAUCUGGUUCAAUUUACACAAACAAUAUUAUGCUUGGCUUAAUAAGAUAUAGUGUAAAUAUUGCUUCAGCGUUUGCUGAUUAUACACAACGAUGGUUUGGACGAAGAGUUGGUCAUACAGUACCAUUAGUAUUGACAUUAAUUGGAUUUAUUAUUCAUUUCGUUAUUAUUUGUUUAAAGCUCAGCACUGAGUUGGAAUUUCUUUCACGGAUUGCAACACUGAUGGCAUUUGCAAUGAUGAGUCAAAUUUAUAUAGUAACGGGUAUGUCCGGAAAUGAACUAUUUCCAACACCAUUACGCAGUAUGUGCUUUUCGUUCUUGCAAGUUAUCGGUCGUAUUGGUGUUGUUUUCUCUCCUCAGUUAUUUUUUUUGGUUAAAUUUUGGACACCUGCGCCUUACGUAGCAUUAAUUCUAUUUGCAUUUUCCGAUUUGCUUCUUUAUCUUAUCUUCAUUCCGGAAACAAAAGAUCAACCACUUCCUGAACGUUUAUCAAUCGUUGGCAAUCAGAAUCCUCAGAAUUUCCAUCUGAACAAUUCAUGA